GCGGCCGCGCGCUUUCCUUCGUCGGCGUCGAGCGCAGAAAAGAGCCAGCGCCGACGGGGGAGAGGGAGGGAAGAGAGGCGAAGGAAGAGCAGCAAACGAGGGGAGACGAGGAGGGGCGCUUUUUGCGAGUGGCGAAACUUUAUGUUGGUUUCCUCCGAAAGGACAGCGCUGGCGGCGGUGGAUUGAGGCGUCCACGAUGGGGAUGGUUCCGUGAAAACGAGCGUGCUGCUGUGCCCUUCGGUAAACCGUUUCUUUGGAUUACUACGCUACUACUCGCUGGGCGACGAAGCUCCGCGUCUUCCGUCUCGGCGCCGCGUGUGUGCUUGUGUGCUGGAGCGGUGGUGCUCCCCGCGCGCGAGUGUGUGUGCGUGUGGUGUGUGCCCCGAGUGUUGUUGGCCCGGGCUGAAUGGUGCCCCGUUGUAUCCAUGGUGGUGGCCCGCAGUGACGGCGCAGCGGCAGCGGGGAUGGACACGCCGGACGACCCCGUCCUGCUCGCCAAGCAGUCCGACUGGAACAAGGCCAGCCAGCUCUUCCACCUGGACAGCAUCCGCGUCAAGCGCGAGCAGCAGCAGCAGCAAGGGGCCGUGGUGACUGGUGCCAGUGCAAAAGGGGGCAAUGCCACGUAUGGCCGGCUCGUGACACAGGACCUGCUGGCAGCCAUGGCCACGGACCCACAGCACUUGCCCUUCAAGUUCAGGGACCCCAGCCAGGCACCCUUGCGGAAGCUGAGCGUCGACCUCAUCAAAACUUACAAGCACAUCAACGAGGUCUACUAUGCCAAGAAGAAGCGGCGUGCGCAGCAAACCCAGGGAGAUGACCAGAGCCACAAGAAAGAGCGCAAGCUGUAUAAUGAGGGCUUCGAUGAUGAUAACCAUGACUACAUCAUCCGCAAUGGGGAGCGAUUCUUGGACCGCUACGAGAUCGAUUCCCUCAUUGGCAAGGGCUCCUUUGGUCAGGUGGUGAAGGCGUAUGACCGAGAGGAGCAGUGUUUUGUGGCCAUCAAAAUCAUCAAGAACAAGAAGCCGUUCCUAAACCAAGCUCAAAUAGAGGUGAAACUGUUAGAGAUGAUGAAUAACCAUGAGAGCAAUGGCACCUGCUGUCAUCUGGGCAAGGACAAAAUAGUGAAGUUAAAGGGACACUUCAUGUGGCGCAACCAUCUCUGCCUGGUGUUUGAGCUGCUCUCGUACAACCUGUACGACCUCCUGCGCAACACUAAUUUCAGCGGUGUGUCACUGAACUUGACCCGCAAGUUCGCCCAGCAAAUGUGCACGGCACUGGUGUUUUUGUCCAGUCCGGACCUGAGCAUCAUCCACUGUGACCUCAAGCCCGAGAACAUUCUGUUGUGCAACCCAAAACGGAGUGCCAUCAAAAUAGUGGACUUUGGCAGCUCGUGCCAGCUUGGGCAGCGCAUCUACCAGUACAUCCAGAGUCGGUUCUACCGGUCACCCGAGGUCCUCCUUGGCAUACCGUACGACAUGGCUAUCGACAUGUGGAGUCUAGGCUGCAUCCUGGUAGAAAUGCACACGGGCGAGCCACUCUUCAGUGGGGCCAACGAGGUGGACCAGAUGAACAAAAUAGUGGAGGUGCUUGGGCUUCCCCCUAAGUCGCUGUUGGACAAGGCCCACAAGGCACGCAAGUACUUUGAGAAGCUUCCCGACGGCAGCUUUGUGCUCAAGAAGACCAAGGAUGGCAAGAAGUACCGUGCCCCUGGUACGCGGCGACUGCAUGAGGUGCUUGGCGUGGAGACGGGAGGUCCUGGUGGCCGGCGGUUGGCUGAGCCAGGUCACUCUGUUGCCGACUACCUCAAGUUCCGCGACCUGGUGCUUCGCAUGCUCGACUAUGACCCUAAAGGGCGCAUCACACCACAUCAUGCACUGCAGCACUCAUUCUUUCGGCGCACUGCGGACGAAGGCACCAACACAUCAACAUCACCAGCCGCCCUCGAAGGGAGUGCGUCAACAGCUGCGUCGUGUCUCAUGCUGAUGGCACCUCCACAGGCGGCUCUCAACAAUGGAACUUCCUCCACAUCCUCCUCAUCAGCAUCCUCGGGCGCCAGCUCCUCAGCCUCCUCAUCGGGCAGCCGAACCCGGCCAGACCCUGCAUCACUGCUGCACUCAUCGUUGCACUGCAUGAUGGCCCCUUCCAAAGUAGCAGCAGCAGCAGUGGUUGGCUCCUCAUCUUCGGAGGCUCGGUGCAGUCGUGGCACGGCUCGACUGGUGGCCGAGCCACAACUGCAGCCACAGCCACCGCAGCAGCAGCAGCGCCUCAGCCCCAUGGACACCCUGGGCUAUCACCACGGUUACGGGGCCCCAUAUGCACGGGCACCCGACGGCGAGGACUCGCCCAUGCUGGGCGUCUGCGUUGACUCCGCACCAGUUGUCUCUCAUUGAUGCGUCCCCCACCUAGGAGAGAGGAGAGAAGAGGCCACACUCCCCCAGUGCUGCUACUACUGCCCGGAUGGGGGCUGCUGCUUCUGAGAACGUCAGAUGACAUGGGCAUUGUUUAAUGCGCGAUGAUGCUGGGGCACCCCGAGCAUGUGAUCUUCUUUGGCAGCCUGGGUUGGAUUGCGGGCUGUAGUGGAUGGUGGCUGCCUUUGUACUGACACAGCGAAUUAGUAAUGCUGUGCACAACUUCAGCUCAUGCGGGAGUGUGUGCCAGAUUGAAUGUGAAGUUAUUUUUCGCAGUGUAAGGGCUUGAUAAGAAAAAUAUGGGAAGCAAAAAUUUAGUGCACGAUGUGCUUGCUGUCCUUUGCUUCUUUUACUUGAACAGUAUGUUGCCCAGUAAAUUGUUGCUGCACUUUGACUGCAACAGAUAUUAGCCAGUCUGCAAUCUGGGAGCUAUUUCUCAAAAAGGUGCAAGCUCAGCCUUAAAUGGGGACCUGGCUGUAGCUGUUUUUCAAAUUUUGGUGAAGUCAUGGCCCCUAGUCUGCAGCAGCAUUUGUCGCGGUGUUGGUACAAAGUACGUCGAGCUCAUUUUGUGAUGUGGCCGCUAAAGAAGAUGACAUGCCUAGUGUACACACACUAGCACCCAUGGUGGACCCUCACGACAGGCUUGACCAGAGAACUUUUUGUUGUGUUUUCGGGAGCCGAGAGGGUGUUCUUUGAAAUUUCUACUGAAGUCACCCAAACAGGCUUUAGCGCAGCGUACAGUUGCAGCCUCACAAUGCUUCUCGGUGCGUGCCGAGCAUGAUAGCUUUCAUUGACGGCACUGUUAGUGCUCUUGUGCAGUUUUUAUCUGUGACGUGUGGCAUUCUUUCCACUUAAUAGGACGAAAUUUCGUAAACAUUUUAUUCCUGACGUCUCUCUUAUGAGAGAAGCAUACUGAAACGAAUGCAGGGCCACAGAAUUAUGGCAAAGGAAAAUGUAGCUCCAUGGAACACUGGAGACGAGAUAACUUUUAUCUGCUUUCUUUCUUUUUUUUUUCAACCUUCUUACAAGAACUAAAUUUUAGGCACUUCGUUUCAUCUCUCUCCAAUCUGAUGAGGUCACAUUGCUAACAUAUGACAUCCGAACAUUCAGUGGCGAGCGAUUGUUGUGGCGUUCUGCGAUUGCAAGGAAAUGGGCAGGUCCACCAGCCAGCCUGCGCACUCUUAACCCGCGCUUGUAGGAAAGGGAAACUUUCACUAGACAACCCUACAACAUUUCCUCUCAACACAGCAGCCAGGCUGGGGGGGGGGGUGCGGACAUGGUCGCUGCAUGGGAAGCUGUUGAGAAGAGGGUAUUCCUCUCGUUGAAUGGCCUCCGCUGCGCCUCUUCAACCAGUUGGUAGUGUAGAGAGGCGGGAGUACUAGUGUUGUAGCCCCCAUUAGGAGUUUGUGGGGCUGGAGGGGAGUGUGGCAGUGUACAUAGCUAGCUGGAAAGGGGGAGGGGUGUUGAGUGUGCAUUGUCACCUGUACAUAGAUGGGGUGUGCCCCAACACCCUCUUCUCAUCGUUGGGCCAUCUUGAGAAAAAAAAAAAAAGGCGCUAGAAGGUAGUCACGGUGAGAAGUAGUGGGUGGGAGAGGGGCCCCGAUUGGUUGCUCGUGCCGAGACUGGAGAAAAAAAAAUAAUUUAUACUACCUGUACAUCACAUGCGCAUUCACUGAGAGGGUGCGCCAUGGUCGAGAUAUGCUGUAUCUUACUGUACAUAGCUAUAAAUAUUAUACAUACAUUAUAUAAAUAUAUAAAUAUGCUGUGCGCUACCCUUCUCCCUUUCCCCGUGAAAUUGGCCACCGAACUGGGAUAAAAGAAAAUGUGUGUAGCGCAUGGAAGCAGGUGGCAGAGCACGUGUUCGAAAGAAAAAAAAAAAAAUGCCGGGAUAUUUAUUUUGCUUUUAUUGUUUCCAAUUUUCGUUUUUUAUUUUUUCUUCCCCUUGUGUCUCUCUUCCAUCCUUUUCUGGCAGAACUGUGCCGGCUUGUUCCUUACUACUUACGAAAAGCCAGAGAGAAAUUGAAAAUCACUCCUUCAGUGUUGAGGCUCGAGUGGGAAUUCUGUGUUUUCACUGUGCCUUUUCAAGUGCAAUUUGUUGUUUUUUUUUUUGAGAAAAAAAAAAAAAAAAAGACCCUGGAACUAUAUUUGGUAGCUCUCGACGACUGCGAUGUGCAAUCUGGGUCAAAUGUAGAAAAGCAACAAGAAACUGACCUUCCCAUCGGCUUGCUUCUUUAGGGCAUUUAGUUGGGCUUUUAGUGAAACACAUUGAGUGAAGUCAUUUUUUAUCCCUUUCACUUGUUUGGGGGUGCUGGUUUGACUACCCUCUUGGCAUGUAGAGGUUGUGCUUGGACUGCCUUGUACAGUAAGUACCGAUUCAAGAUGCUAGAACCACCACGGGCACAAGCGUGCCGUUUCCCAUAGAUUUCUCACUGCAGAAGUAAGUCGGUUGCACUAGAAUGAUGAGGAACCCAAGAAAAUUUUAUACCGCAGCAUACCUGUGCACUAUUAACAUAAGAAUGGCGAGUUUGUAAACGUGACUCUCUAACGUGCAGAAAGUAAGUAGAAUUAAGAGGGCCUAUAGAUAACUGUGUGUUGACAUGACAACAAUGAGUGGUAUCCAAAUCCACGCUAUCCAUGUUAUCAGUGGGGACUGAUAACAGAAACUAAUCUUGAAGGCCAUGCUUUUGCUGGCUGAAUGCACUGUAAGCAAUUUUCAAGAGCCAGAAACUUGUCAUGGACAGCAUGUUUUAGGACCGCCUAUUGUGGUCCAGCUGUGACAUGACACAUGUGGGUAGAGAGUUGUACCUCGGAAUUCUCGACGCGUUGCACGGCUGUAGGUGCACAUGCAUUAAUGUUAAGUGCAAGGCCCAUGGCGUGGCCACAUUAUAAUCGCCUACAUGCUACUCUGCAGGAAAUGUGACAAAGGAAAAGGCCCUUAAAAAAGGUAGGCAUUAGAAUAAUAGAAAAAUAAUAAAUAAAAGAAAGUAAAUAAAAGUACAUGUCUUCAGAGUAAGUGCCCUAGGUGAUGAGGGCAUGUAAUCUUGAAACUGUGAAAAAGUAGACAUUCUUGAUCGGUGGUGGGUCACAGUUAAGAGAGCGGGCCUAUUAGGUCUGUGUGUAAAACUUCCGUGCUUCACACUGCUUCAAUGGGCAAAGCCAUUGGCAAGAAUUGAAAGCCAGGCACUCGUGCGAGGCUUUGGCAUUGAGAUGUUUCUGUGGAAACCACACACUUCCUGCUCUGUUGAGAAGUCAGUUUGGCACGUCUGUGCGGGAUUCGAGAUGACCCAGGUGGCACUUCCGAGGGGCCGCAACUGUUUUCUUUCUUCGUUCUGUGAAGUAAUGCAACAGUUUCGCGCAACGAAGAGGAAGGGGGUGUGGGGGUGUUCUUUGGCUGCAACAGAGAGGAUGAUCCCCUUCUGUGCGCCGUAUCCUUGCACUCUUGCCUCCAAGAGGCCAGUAGUGGCGCAACCUCUGCUUUUCGAUCCUUCUCUCACACACAUGCUCGAUCGAUCGCUGACUUCUCUGUCCUACCUGUUGAUUUCAUGCAGUGUAAAUAGUGCCAUUGAUAUAUAUAUAUAUACAUAUAUUAUAUAUAUAUAUAUAUACAUAAAUAUAUUGCUGCAUACCGACACAAGACAAGAUGCAUUGCAGAUGCCACCCGGGGGAUUGUGUCGGUUGGUGAAGAGUGUGUGAAGAAUCAACUGCUUUUCUUGUUUUUUUUUUUUUUUCUUGUAAGUGGUCCUUGGAGUGAAAGGACGGUAUUCCGGGCUGUGUUCCGAUUCUUUGUGGCACUGCGGGCUGGGUAUCCGUACACGUCACUCAGCUCUGUCGCUGAAAAUUGAGGAUAGUUGCCUGUAACAUGGUAAGAAAUGGUGUCUGUCAUCAAUUUGCCUGGCGGACUACCUAACACAGACUGCUGGUCUAUUUAUUUCCUGGUUUCCAGAACCCGAGAGCAGGACUACUAUACCCUCGUGCAAAAGCUGUAAGGGUAUGUAUACUCGGGUUCUAGAAGCUGCACGUUCAUAAGGUGUUAUAUCGGGCAAGGUACUAAGCAUGACUGGCUGCCUUACAUUCACAUUGUGCUCCUGAAAAAUUUAGAGCAAAGCGAAAUUUUUUUCUUUCUCUUCAGCCCUCUCAGUACCCUUCUACACAGAGUAGUAUGUAGGCAGUUAGAUACAAGGUGGAAAAAAAUAUUUUCAUUAAAAAAAAAAAUCGCAGAUGUGUGCCAAUCUGAGGAACUUGUACAUCAAAGACGAGGCUGCAUAUGGGAGUUCUCCCACCCUUCAGUGCUAGGGGUGUGUUUGCUGGCUGUUCUUAGCGAUGAUUUAUCACCAACGCUGCCUAUGCAUUCUCACCAAUGCCCUGGUCAUACGACCGCUUCAAGGCUUCCACGCAGGCUGCGUUACUGGCUGCUAUUUACCACCACAGGUGUAUGAACUCCUAGCUGAUGUACAACAUUUGCAAGAAACAGAUUAUGGACUACUGGCUAAAAAAAAAGAAAAACAAAAGUGCCCAGAAAAGUUGUCUAUUGUGUGAGGUGUAUGCAAGGUAACUUAUUUCAUAAUCGUAAUCAUGUUUGAAGCAAAAAAAAGUAUUUCUCAUUGUUGAAACAGUUUGUAACUCAUGUAUUGUGUGUUCAUUAAGAAUUCCCUUCUUGGCAGCUGCCUUGGAAGUGCAGGAAAGCUUUCAUGCUCAUUUGGACGUCACUUGCAUCGAUCUUUUGUCGGCUGGAGUUGCCACAUGGAAAAAUGUUGGGAUGAAAUUACAGAUAAGCAUGAAGGCCCAUUUCAUGCAGAUAUUGUCCGUUAACUAUGAAUGAUGCCUCAUAGACAAUACUUUUGAUAAGAAUCAUACUUGUUAUCUCUGCAGUCUGUGAAUUGGUGGCCAUCUCUAGAAAAGCCUUGAAGUUUCCAAAGGAAUGAAAGAGAUUUGCUUUGAACGCACGUAGCAGUUCAAUCACUGAAUAGGAACACAGCCCAUAUAAUUUUUUUUUUUCUCUUGAAAGUUGUCUCUAAGGUUUGCUUUCACAAAUUGUCAUCUGUUUCACUAGUGUGCCUAGUGUGUUCACGUGUUGGGACGUUUGUUUUCUUUUUUCUCGUGUGGAGAAGGAAGCUGUGGUUCCCCGGGGGAGGAAUAAAACAUUACACUUCCUCAUUUUUUUUCUUAAAAAAAAAAAAAAAAUCUGCAUCAGCUUUUGAUGCUACACUGCCACGUCACGUCCUCCCACUGCCAAAGCGGUUGGUGGUGAGGGAUAACUGUUUUUGCUGUAUAACCAUAAGCUCCCCCGGAAUCACGGCCUUUCCUGCGAUACUGCAAUGUUGCCCCUUCACACAUACACACACACAUUAUGUGGAUACACGCGCUGGCACAUGUUAUCACCAUAACCUUGCAGUUUUCUCCUCUCCGCUGCUUGUCAUGCUCUCCGAGACUGUUUAUUUGUUCGCUCACUUGUUUCUGGUGACAAGGCAGCAUAGAAAGGUUUGCAAGUGCUUGUGUGUGUGUCUUUGAAAAAAAAAAAAAAAUACAGCUGAACUUGUUUGUCAACAAAGAAAAAGUUUUUUAGCAUUUGGAAGUGUAGAAAGCAGUGUAGCAGUCUUUACUUUUCUUUCUCUCAAUAUAUGUGCGCAAUCCAACCACAACCAAGCAGCUUUUCUCUGUCCUGGGAAAAGUUUUUUUUUUUUUUAAGAACGCGAUUUUCUUUCCUCCUGCGACCAUUGUUUCAUGCAAAUGUUUUCUCAAGUGUUAUGUGCUUUUGCUCCAAUAUUUUUGGCUCCUGUAUUUUUUUGUGUAUGGGAGAAUCUAGUCUAGCAUUGCUUCUUGGCAACCAGUUUUUUUAAAAGCAAAUGGGACAGGGGUUAAUUUUCUAAAGAAAAAAAAAAUUGCGAAGGAAAAACAAAUUAAUUGACGAGAAUGGUAUAUAAUUCCUUUUUUUUCCCUUUCUUUAUUAAGAGGGGAAGGGGGCGCGCGCGUCCUUGGUCGCGCGCAUAUGACGGCAAGCUCACACACUUUCAAAAGUGAACGACUGCGGGAGACAGAAAGUGACCAAAAAAGGCCCAUGAUUUUUAUUGUGUAUAUAAGUAAAAGAGAGAAACAAUGAUAUUGAUGACAAUAAAAGUUAAAACCAGCAAAA